AUGACACUUCCAGUCCUUCAGAACACCGGGGUCCUCUACAGACGGGUCCUGGCCCAGUUCCCUCAGGACAUCAGUCUGGCCUUCGCCUAUGGAUCCGGAGUGUUCAGACAGCACGGGACCAGCCAGGGGCAAAUGGACAAAAACAUGUUGGACUUUGUGUUUGCUGUGGACGACCCGGUGACGUGGCACACAUUGAACCUGCUCCAAAACCGGAAACACUACUCCAUCCUGAAGUUGCUGGGACCCACAAAGAUUAGCACCAUCCAAGACGAGCACGGAGCCUCUGUCUACUACAACACACUGGUCCCUGUGGAUGGCAAGGUGAUAAAGUACGGGGUCAUCAGCACUGACUCACUGAUCCAGGACCUACUGCACUGGAACACCCUGUAUGUCGCUGGGAGGCUCCACAAACCGGUGAAGAUGCUGGUGCAAGGAGACAAUGGGAAACUCAGAGCUGCUUUAGUUGCGAAUUUAAAAAGUGCAGUGACCGCGUCCUUCCUCAUGCUGCCGGAGAGCUUCAGCGAGGAGGAGCUGUUUCUGCAGAUCGCUGGACUUUCAUACUCUGGCGAUUUCCGGAUGGUGAUUGGAGAGGAUAAAUUGAAGGUUUCCAAUAUUGUGAAGGACAACUUACAAUACUUCAAAAUAUUGUACAACAACAUUUUAAAGGACUGUCCUCAAGUUGUGUACAAGCCUCAACAAGGAAGACUCGAGGUGGAUAAGAGUCCAGAGGGUCAGUUCAGUCAACUCAUGGCUCUGCCACGGACUCUGCAGCAGAGAAUCACACGGUCGGUGGAUCCUCCAGGGAAGAACCGCGACGUGGAGGAAAUCCUGCUGCAGGUGGCUCAAGACCCGGACUGUGGGGCCGUCGUCCAACAAGGAAUCGCAUCCAUCGUCAAGUCCUCCAGCAUCACACAGAGCAUCAAAGGCAUUGCUACGGCAGGCGUGUGGAAGACCGUCUCCUACAGCUCCAAGAAACUGAUGAAGAUGUGGAGAGGCUGGAGGAGGAAGCCAGCGGUGUCCCAAACGCCUGGCUCUCCCUGGGCCCUGGACCUCUCUGUUCCUGGGCCCUUAUCUUCUCUGUCCUCAGGAUCUCAGGAGUACUUUUAUGGGAUUUACGCUCUUGCUUCCUGCUUUUGUUUACGAGGAGCGCACACUGGAAGAUACCAAAGUGGCGGAGGUGUCAAAGUAUGGAAACACCACUGGACGUCCUGUCGAGAGCCGCCCUGUUCGUUCACGCUCAUGAAGAAGAAAGCGCUCCUGGGAUGUGGUGCGCGCAUGCGCAGUAUCAACCUGGCCGGAGCGCACAUCUGGAGGCGCAUAGGAGUCAUACCGCGCAUAGUGUCAGUGCAGUCCACGUACAGCUGGCCUGGAGGACCCCUGGAGAACCGCUGA